AUGGAUGCAUGUCAGCGUUUUGACCCAGAGCUUCCUGAAGGGACCAGAAGCAUCAGCAGAACAGAUAUCUCAGGUGUGAAUCAACAUCCAUCCUGCCUUAUCAACCUGCUGCUGGCGCUACAGGUAAGCCCCUUUGUGAAUCAGCUAAGUGGCAAAGCCACUGUUGUAGUUAAGUUGAAUAUAUGUACGCAUGACGGGAAGUUGCUUUGGAUAAAGAUGUGUGCUUUAUGGCAUAGAUUUUAGUAUAUAUUAAAUGUGUACUUACUCUUGAAACAGUUCAACCAUAAACCAGUACGGAGAAACAUGCAUUGACCACAGACCACAUGCAGGUUGUUGUUUUAAUCUCAGUUGUAGCCUACCUACCACUGGCUUUCUCUUGGUGCCUACCUACCACUGGCUUUCUCUUGGUGCCUAUCUACCACUGGCUUUCUCUUGGUGCCUACCUACCACUGGCUUUCUCUUGGUGCCUACCUACCACUGGCUUUCUCUUGGUGCCUACCUACCACUGGCUUUCUCUUGGUGCCUACCUACCACUGGCUUUCUCUUGGUGCCUACCUACCACUGGCUUUCUCUUGGUGCCUACCUACCACUGGCUUUCUCUUGGUGCCUACCUACCACUGGCUUUUUCUUGGUGCCUACCUACCACUGGCUUUUUCUUGGUGCCUACCUACCACUGGCUUUCUCUUGGUGCAUACCUACCACUGGCUUUCUCUUGGUGCCUACCUACCAAAAUGCACCCCCAAAGCAUAAUGUUUCCACCUCCAUGUUUGACGGUGGGGAUGGUGUUCUUGGGGUCAUAGGCAGCAUUCCUCCUCCUCCAAACACGGCAAGUUGAGUUGAUGCCAAAGAGCUCCAUUUUGGUCUCAUCUGACCACAACACUUUCACCCAGUUCUCCUCUGAAUCAUUCAGAUGUUCAUUGGCAAACUUCAGACAGGCCUGUUUAUGUGCUUUCUUGAGCAGGGGGGACCUUGCGGGCGCUGCAGGAUUUCAGUCCUUCACGGCAUAGUGUGUUACCAAUUGUUUUCUUGGUGACUAUGGUCCCAGCUGCCUUGAGAUCAUUGACAAGAUCCUCCCGUGUAGUUCUGGGCUGAUUCCUCACCGUUCUCAUGAUCAUUGCAACUCCACGAGGUGAGAUCUUGCAUGGAGCCCCAGGCCGAGGGAGAUUGACAGUUAUGUGUUUCCUCCAUUUGCGAAUAAUCGCACCAACUGUUGUCACCUUCUCACCAAGCUGCUUGGCGAUGGUCUUGUAGCCCAUUCCAGCCUUGUGUAGGUCUACAAUCUUGUCCCUGACAUCCUUGGAGAGCUCUUUGGUCUUGGCCAUGGUGGAGAGUUUGGAAUCUGAUUGAUUGAUUGCUUCUGUGGACAGGUGUCUUUUAUACAGGUAACAAACUGAGAUUAGGAGCACUCCCUUUAAGAGUGUGCUCCUAAUCUCAGCUCGUUACCUGAAUAAAAGACACGUGGGAGCCAGAAAUCUUUCUGAUUGAGAGGUGGUCAAAUACUUAUUUCCCUCAUUAAAAAUGCAAAUCAAUUUAUAACAUUUUUGACAUGCGUUAUUCUGGAUUUUUUGUUGUUGUUAUUCUGUCUCUCACUGUUCAAAUAAACCUACCGUUAAAAUUAUAGACUGAUCAUUUCUUUGUCAGUGGGCAAACGUACAAAAUCAGCAGGGGAUCAAAUACUUUUUUCCUUCACUGUACCACUGGCUUUCUCUUGGUGGCUAUCUACCACUGGCUUGCUCUUGGUACGUACAGUGGGGAAAAAAAGUAUUUAGUCAGCCACCAAUUGUGCAAGUUCUCCCACUUAAAAAGAUGAGAGAGGCCUGUCAUUUUCAUCAUAGGUACAUGUCAACAUUGACAGACAAAUUGAGAUUUCUUUCUCCAGAAAAUCACAUUGUAGGAUUUUUAAUGAAUUUAUUUGCAAAUUAUGGUGGAAAAUAAGUAUUUGGUCACCUACAAACAAGCAAGUUUUCUGGCUCUCAUAGACCUGUAACUUCUUCUUUAAGAGGCUCCUCUGUCCUCCACAACCUCAAACAGUCACACUCCAAACUCCACUAUGGCCAAGACCAAAGAGCUGUCAAAGGACACCAGAAACAAAAUUGUAGACCUGCACCAGGCUGGAAAGAAUGAAUCUGCAAUAGGUAAGCAGCUUGGUUUGAAGAAAUCAACUGUGGGAGCAAUUAUUAGGAAAUGGAAGACAUACAAGACCACUGAUAAUCUCCCUCGAUCUGGGGCUCCACGCAAGAUCUCACCCCGUGGGGUCAAAAUGAUCACAAGAACGGUGAGCAAAAAUCCCAGAACCACACGGGGGGACCGAGUGAACGACCUGCAGAGAGCUGGGACCAAAGUAACAAAGCCUACCAUCAGUAACACACUACGCCGCCAGGGACUCAAAUCCUGCAGUGCCAGACGUGUCCCCCUGCUUAAGCCAGUACAUGUCCAGGUCCGUCUGAAGUUUGCUAGAGUGCAUUUGGAUGAUCCAGAAGAGGAUUGGGAGAAUGUCAUAUGGUCAGAUGAAACCAAAAUAUAACUUUUUGUUAAAAACUCAACUCGUCAUGUUUGGAGGACAAAGAAUGCUGAGUUGCAUCCAAACAACACCAUACCUACUGUGAAGCAUGGGGGUGGAAACAUCAUGCUUUGGGGCUGUUUUUCUGCAAAGGGACCAGGACAACUGAUCCGUGUAAAGGAAAGAAUGAAUGGGGCCAUGUAUCGUGAGAUUUUGAGUGAAAACCUCCUUCCAUCAGCAAGGGCAUUGAAGAUGAAACGUGUCUGGGUCUUUCAGCAUGACAAUGAUCCCAAACACACCACCCGGGCAACGAAGGAGUGGCUUCGUAAGAAGCAUUUCAAGGUCCUGGAGUGGCCUAGUGUCACGCCCUGGCUCUGGGGACGCUUGUAUGUUGAGCCAGGGUGUGAGUGUUCUUUGUUUAUUCUAGUUCAUGUCUAUCUAUGUUGGCCAGAGUGGUUCUCAAUCAGGGGCAACGAGUGUCAGCUGUUGCUGGUUGUCUCUGAUUGGGAACCAUAUUUAGACAGGCUGUUUUCCCACAGUGUUUGUGGGAUCUUGUUCCUGUGUAGGUUUGUGUUUUGCACCUUUGGACGUCACGUAUCGAUUUGUUGUUUUGUUCGUGUAAUCAUUUAAUAAAUAAGUAUGUUCACCUUCCACGCUGCGCCUUGGUCCUCUGUAUCCGACGAUCGUGACACCUAGCCAGUCUCCAGAUCUCAACCCCAUAGAAAAUCUUUGGAGGGAGUUGAAAGUCCGUGUUGCCCAGCGACAGCCCCAAAACAUCACUGCUCUAGAGGAGAUCUGCAUGGAGGAAUGGGCCAAAAUACCAGCAACAGUGUGUGAAAACCUUGUGAAGACUUACAGAAAACGUUUGACCUGUGUCAUUGCCAACAAAGGGUAUAUAACAAAAUAUUGAGAAACUUUUGUUAUUGACCAAAUACUUAUUUUCCACCAUAAUUUGCAAAUAAAUUCAUAAAAAAUCCUACAAUGUGAUUUUCUGGAUUUUUUUCUUCUCAAUUUGUCUGUCAUAGUUGACGUGUACCUAUGAUGAAAAUUACAGGCCUCUCUCAUCUUUUUAAGUGGGAGAACUUGCACAAUUGGUGGCUGACUAAAUACUUUUUUUCCCCACUGUACCUACCACUGGCUUUCUCUUGGUGCCUACCUACCACUGGCUUGCUCUUGGUGCCUACCUACCACUGGCUUUCUCUUGGUGCCUACCUACCACUGGCUUACUCUUGGUGCCUACCUACCACUGGCUUUCUCUUGGUGCCUACCUACCAGUGGCUUUCUCUUGGUGCCUACCUACCACUGGCUUUCUCUUGGUGCCUACCUACCACUGGCUUACUCUUGGUGCCUACCUACCACUGGCUUUCUCUUGGUGCCUACCUACCACUGGCUUUCUCUUGGUGCCUACCUACCACUGGCUUUCUCUUGGUGCCUACCUACCACUGGCUUUCUCUUGGUGCCUACCUACCACUGGCUUUCUCUUGGUGCCUACCUACCACUGGCUUUCUCUUGGUGCCUACCUACCACUGGCUUUCUCUUGGUACCUACCUACCACUGGCUUUCUCUUGGUGCCUACCUACCACUGGCUUUCUCUUGGUGCCUACCUACCACUGGCUUUCUCUUGGUACCUACCUACCACUGGCUUUCUCUUGGUGCCAGUUUCAUGCUGCAGUUUUGUGUAUUGUCUUUUUUUGUUUAUCUCUCUCUCUCUCUCUCUCUACAGCAUGUGUUUGUGCAGUGCUCUCUGCUGGUUCUGGUCCUGGGUGUGUUGCAGCAACAUCUACUGUUACAGGAUGGAGAGAGAGCGAGGUUACUGUCCUCUAUGUUGUUCUAUUCCAGUCUCUCCAGUCUCAUACAGAGCUGUCUGGGGACAUGGUGAGGAGUACUCAUUAAUCAAUUAAUUCAUCUCAUUUUAUUCAUGCCCUUUUAAAAAACGUUUUACAUUACCUCUCAACUCUCUCACUCACACACGUCUAUGAUCAAAGCAAGCAUUAAACACAUAGACAGACAUUAAUACAACCAGAUACUCUCUCAUCCUCAGCCUCCCUCUGAUCCAGGCUCCAUCUCUGGAGAUCCUUAUCCCUGCUGUAGUCCUCACUGCCCAGAUUGGUGAGUCAGCUCCAUCAAUCUGACAACAUACCAUUUAUUACCUCAGGCGAAGUUCACACUCAGGUUGUACAACUGAUGUACAACUAAUUUGACACAACAUUGUUUUGGCUGACAAACUCAUCAAGAAUGUCACAACCGUUGUGUCAAAAGCGUUGUAUGUCAGUUGUACAACCUGAGUGUGAAGGAGGCCUUUGUAUCUCAUUGUGGUUAAUGGUACCAGUGAUUGAUCUCCUGCAGUUACUGAACCGGCCUGCAGGGGGCCCUGUGGGGAGAGUGAGGAAGAGAUCCUACCCAGAGCCAACCCAGUCAGAGAGGUAGUGUACCCAGGCUGUAGUGCUGCUGUCCAUGGUGCUGAACCCACAGGCCAGACCAACCCGUCUUCUCACCACUGCUCCCUUUGUUUACGGCAACAUUCAGGAGCUAUGUUUAGAUAAAACCAUGUUUCGGGACCUUUAUCAAGAGACUUUAGUACAACAAUAAUAAUACGUGGGACUUCUAGCGCUUUACAAGUCGCUUUACAAUUAUAAAAUGAAACCCUUAAAACCAGGAGUCAAAACAAAACAACAACAGACUAAAGAAAUAGAAGGGAGAGAGUGUGAUGUAUCAUUGUAUGGGGAGGGGAAUGUUAGGGUUUGGAUACGAACCCUGCUUUAGAGUAAAGGGCGGGAUUGGGGUUAGGAUACGAACCCGGUUUAGAGUAAAGGGCGGGAUUGGGGUUAGGAUACGAACCCUGCUUUAGAGUAAAGGGCGGGAUUGGGGUUAGGAUACGAACCCGGUUUAGGGUAAGAGUUUGCGUAAGAUGGUGCUCAGUAAUGUGAAGAGAGCAGUGUCUUACUAGUGUGUUGCUUUGUUUGUACAGUGAGGGAAAAAAGUAUUUGAUCCCCUGCUGAUUUUGUACGUUUGCCCACUGACAAAGACAUGAUCAGUCUAUAAUUUGAAUGGUAGGUUUAUUUGAAGAGUGAGAGACAGAAUAACAACAAAAAAAUCCAGAAAAACGCUUGUCAGAAAUGUUAUAAAUUGAUUUGCAUUUUAAUGAGGGAAAUAAGUAUUUGACCCCCUCUCAAUCAGAAAGAUUUCUGGCUCCCAGGUGUCUUUUAUACAGGUAACGAGCUGAGAUUAGGAGCACACUCUUAAAGGGAGUGCUCCUAAUCUCAGCUUGUUAACUGUAUAAAAGACACCUGUCCACAGAAGCAAUCAAUCAAUCAGAUUCCAAACUCUCCACCAUGGCCAAGACCAAAGAGCUCUCCAAGGAUGUCAGGGACAAGAUUGUAGACCUACACAAGGCUGGAAUGGGCUACAAGACCAUCGCCAAGCAGCUUGGUGAGAAGGUGACAACAGUUGGUGCGAUUAUUCGCAAAUGGAAGAAACACAAAAUAACUGUCAAUCUCCCUCAGCCUGGGGCUCCAUGCAAGAUCUCACCUCGUGGAGUUGCAAUGAUCAUGAGAACGGUGAGGAAUCAGCCCAGAACUACACGGGAGGAUCUUGUCAAUGAUCUCUAGGCAGCUGGGACCAUAGUCACCAAGAAAACAAUUGGUAACACACUACGCCGUGAAGGACUGAAAUCCUGCAGCGCCUGCAAGGUCCCCCUGCUCAAGAAAGCACAUAUACAGGCCCGUCUGAAGUUUGCCAAUGAACAUCUGAAUGAUUCAGAGGAGAACUGGGUGAAAGUGUUGUGGUCAGAUGAGACCAAAAUCGAGCUCUUUGGCAUCAACUCAACUCGCCGUGUUUGGAGGAGGAGGAAUGCUGCCUAUGACCCCAAGAACACCAUCCCCACCGUCAAACAUGGAGGUGGAAACAUUAUGCUUUGGGGGUGUUUUUCUGCUAAGGGGACAGGACAACUUCACCGCAUCAAAGGGACGAUGGACUUGGCCAUGUACCGUCAAAUCUUGGGUGAGAACCUCCUUCCCCAGCCAGGGCAUUGAAAAUGGGUCGUGGAUGGGUAUUCCAGCAUGACAAUGACCCAAAACACACGGCCAAGGCAACAAAGGAGUGGCUCAAGAAGAAGCACAUUAAGGUCCUGGAGUGGCCUAGCCAGUCUCCAGACCUUAAUCCCAUAGAAAAUCUGUGGAGGGAGCUGAAGGUUCGAGUUGCCAAACGUCAGCCUCGAAACCUUAAUGAGUUGGAGAAGAUCUGCAAAGAGGAGUGGGACAAAAUCCCUCCUAAAAUGUGUGCAAACCUGGUGGCCAACUACAAGAAACGUCUGACCUCUGUGAUUGCCAACAAGGGUUUUGCCACCAAGUACUAAGUCAUGUUUUGCAGAGGGGUCAAAUACUUAUUUCCCUCAUUAAAAUGCAAAUCAAUUUAUAACAUUUUUGAUAUGCGUUCUUCUUGAUUUUUUUGUUCUUAUUCUGUCUCUCACUGUUCAAAUAAACCUACCAUUAAAAUUAUAGACUGAUCAUGUCUUUGUCAGUGGGCAAACGUACAAAAUCAGCAGGGGAUCAAAUACUUUUUUCCCUCACUGUAUAUGUGUGCGUGUGUGUGUGUGUGUGUGUGUGUGUGUGUGUGUGUGUGUGUGUGUGUGUGUUUGAGAGGUGGGUCUUUAGGAGGGGCUGAAAGCUGGUGAUGGCUGAUAUAGACGUUAACAUAUGAUGAGUUUAAUUCCAAAACGCUAUAUAUCCAUUUUCAGAAAUGUUUGUAAAUCUCCCUCUGUUCUCUUCCAAUGCUGGGCCAUAUCUAAUAUCUCCCUCUGUUCUAGUCUAAUGCUGGGCCAUAUCUAAUCUCUCCCUCUCUAUUCUAAUGCUGGGCCAUAUCUAAUAUCUCCCUCUGUUCUAGUCUAAUGCUGGGCCAUAUCUAAUCUCUCCCUCUCUAGUCUAAUGCUGGGCCAUAUCUAAUAUCUCCCUCUGUUCUAUUCUAAUGCUGGGCCAUAUCUACUCUCUCCCUCUGUUCUAGUCUAAUGCUGGGCCAUAUCUAAUCUCUCCCUCUGUUCUAGUCUAAUGCUGGGCCAUAUCUAAUCUCUCCCUCUGUUCUAGUCUAAUGCUGGGCCAUAUCUAAUAUCUCCCUCUGUUCCAUUCUAAUGCUGGGCCAUAUCUAAUAUCUCCCUCUGUUCCAUUCUAAUGCUGGGCCAUAUCUAAUCUCUCCCUCUCUAGUCUAAUGCUGGGCCAUAUCUAAUCUCUCGCUCUGUUCUAGUCUAAUGCUGGGCCAUAUCUAAUCUCUCCCUCUCUAGUCUAAUGCUGGGCCAUAUCUAAUCUCUCCCUCUGUUCUAGUCUAAUGCUGGGCCAUAUCUAAUCUCUCCCUCUGUUCUAGUCUAAUGCUGGGCCAUAUCUAAUCUCUCCCUCUGUUCUAGUCUAAUGCUGGGCCAUAUCUAAUCUCUCCCUCUGUUCUAGUCUAAUGCUGGGCCAUAUCUAAUCUCUACCUCUGUUCUAGUCUAAUGCUGGGCCAUAUCUAAUCUCUCCCUCUGUUCUAGUCUAAUGCUGGGCCAUAUCUAAUCUCUCCCUCUGUUCUAGUCUAAUGCUGGGCCAUAUCUAAUCUCUACCUCUGUUCUAGUCUAAUGCUGGGCCAUAUCUAAUCUCUCCCUCUGUUCUAGUCUAAUGUUGGGCUAUAUCUAAUCUCUCCCUCUGUUCUAGUCUAAUGCUGGGCCAUAUCUAAUCUCUACCUCUGUUCUAGUCUAAUGCUGGGCCAUAUCUAAUCUCUCCCUCUGUUCUAGUCUAAUGCUGGGCCAUAUCUAAUCUCUCCCUCUGUUCUAGUCUAAUGCUGGGCCAUAUCUAAUCUCUACCUCUGUUCUAGUCUAAUGCUGGGCCAUAUCUAAUCUCUCCCUCUGUUCUAGUCUAAUGCUGGGCCAUAUCUAAUCUCUCCCUCUGCUCUAGUCUAAUGCUGGGCCACAUCUCUCCCUCUGUUCUAGUCUAAUGCUGGGCCAUAUCUAAUCUCUCUCUGUGUGUUCCUAUGUAGCUCCAGGGUAUGACUGUGAUGGUGGGCAUGGUCCAGCUGGUUCUGGGCGUGACAGGUCUGAGUGGUGUGGUUCUGAGACACUGCGGUCCGCUGGUCAUAGCCCCUCUAUUGUGUCUACUUGGCUUCUCCAUCUACAGAGAGGCUGCUCUGCUCUGCUCAGACCACUGGGCCAUCGCUGCAUUGUACGUUUCUCUGUGUAUCACGCCGUCCGUCCAUCCGCCCGUCUGUCUGUCUGUCUGUCUGUCUGUCUGUCUGUCUGUCUGUCUGUCUGUCUGUCUGUCUGUCUGUCUGUCUGUCUGUCUGUCUGUCUGUCUGUCUGUCCGUCUCUGUCCGUUUGUCCGUCAGUCUGUCCGUCCUCUGUUUUCGCCUUACUUUGUCAAACUCUCUGUAUUCACAUUUGUCCAAUGCAUCAUGCAUUCAGUCAUAUUUUUGUGAACUUUUAUGAAUACCUGAACUGUAUAUUUGGAUUGAUAGACUAUUAGGACUAACGCUGUAAUGUUUCUCUGUGUAGGACAGUCAUCCUCCUAGUGUUCCUGUCCCAGCAUCUACACUCCUACAUGCUCCCAGCAUGCCUCAGCAUGCCUCAGCUACCUGUCUGCAGGAUGCUCUCUGUGAGUCUCUCCUGAUUGGUUGAUUGAUUGAUUGUACCCUUCUGACACACACUUUCAACUUUUGAGAGAAUCCCUUUCUUUUAUUCCCUUAGCCAGAACAUCACUCUUUUAUUCCCUUAGCCAGAACAUCACUCUUUUAUUCCCUUAGCCAGAACAUCACUAUUUUAUUCCCUUAGCCAGAACAUCACUCUUUUAUUCCCUUAGCCAGAACAUCACUCUUUUAUUCCCUUAGCCAGAACAUCACUAUUUUAUUCCCUUAGCCAGAACAUCACUCGUUUAUUCCCUUAGCCAGAACAUCACUCUUUUCUUCCCUUAGCCAGAACAUCACUCUUUUAUUCCCUUAGCCAGAACAUCACUAUGUUAUUCCCUUAGCCAGAACAUCACUCUUUUAUUCCCUUAGCCAGAACAUCACUAUUUUAUUCCCUUAGCCAGAACAUCACUCUUUUCUUCCCUUAGCCAGAACAUCACUAUUUUAUUCCCUUAGCCAGAACAUCACUCUUUUAUUCCCUUAGACAGAACAUCACUCUUUUAUUCCCUUAGCCAGAACAUCACUAUUUUCUUCCCUUAGCCAGAACAUCACUCUUUUCUUCCCUUAGCCAGAACAUCACUAUUUUAUUCCCUUAGCCAGAACAUCACUAUUUUAUUCCCUUAGACAGAACAUCACUCUUUUAUUCCCUUAGCCAGAACAUCACUAUUUUAUUCCCUUAGCCAGAACAUCACUAUUUUCUUCCCUUAGCCAGAACAUCACUCUUUUAUUCCCUUAGCCAGAACAUCACUCUUUUCUUCCCUUAGACAGAACAUCACUCUUUUAUUCCCUUAGCCAGAACAUAAUAAUAAUAAUAAUAAUAUGCCAUUUAGCAGACGCUUUUAUCCAAAGCGACUUACAGUCAUGCGUGCAUACAUUUUUUUGUGUAUGGGUGGUCCCGGGGUUCGAACCCACUACCUUGGCGUUACAAGCGCCUUGCUCUACCAGCUACAUCACUCUUUUAUUCCCUUAGCCAGAACAUCACUCUUUUCUUCCCUUAGCCAGAACAUCACUAUUUUAUUCCCUUAGCCAGAACAUCACUCUUUUCUUCCCUUAGCCAGAACAUCACAGCACAUUACUCAAGAUGUGGAACUGACCUCUAUAUUUCUCCAGGUGCUGCUGCCCCUGCUGAGUGUUUGGGCUCUGUGCGCAGUAUUGGAGAGUUUCGGGGGGGUUCAUCUGCACUCUGUCUCCGAGCUGCUGCCAGUACUGAAGACGAGCAACACUUCCCUUUCUGUACCUUCAUCAUCAGAUCACACCUCCUUCACUGUGCCGUGGCUCAGCCCCCCUAUGGCAGGUCAGCAGAGUUCAUUAACACUAACAAUGCCUGUGCUAUAGUCUCUAGUGACAGUUUAUAAAGCUAAUAACCAAGAGACUGUCUAGUACAUUCAGUCUCCGUCUGUGUCAUCAAUCAAAUAUAUAAAUAUUUUGAAUGUUAUGUUGUGAAUAUAAAUGUAUGAUCGCUCCAUAUAUACUGUGUGUGUGUGUGUGUGUGUGUGUGUGUGUGUGUGUGUGUGUGUGUGUGUGUCUGUGUGUCUGUGUCUGUGUCUGUGUCUGUGUCUGUGUCUGUGUCUGUGUCUGUGUCUGUGUCUGUGCAGCAGAGACAGGGCUCCCCCUGCUGUCAGUUCGAGGCAUGGCGGCCGGUGUCGUUGCGGCCCUCUCCUCCUCUGUCAGUUCAGUAGGGAUGUACCUGCUAACGGCCCGGCUCCUCGGGGCCCCUCCACCCCCCGCUGCAGCCUGUAACAGGGGCCUGGGGGCCCAGGGGCUGGGUAGUGUGGUCGCUGGCCUGAUGGGGGCGCCAUUGGGGCUCAGCUGCAGUGUCCCCAACGCCUGUACUCUGGGACUCAGCCAGGUACCGAUGAUGGUGUAAUGUCAACAUCAUUUAGAAGCCUUCUCUUUAGCCCUUAGGGUCAGUUUUCCAGACACAGCUCAAGACUAGUCCUUGACUAGCUGCUUAAUUUGGAUCCGGAAAACAAGUAUCUGAGACCUGGGCCCAUAUUCACGAAGCGUCUCAGAAUAGGAGUGCUGGUCUACGAUCAGGUCCCGCCUCUUAUUCAAUAUGGUUUAAAAGUCAAAACUGAUCCUAGAUCAACAGUCCUAUUCUGAGACACGUUGUGAGUGCUGAUUUCCCACUCUGCAUACAGUGUUUAUGUUUGACCCCUGCUCCUCUCUCUCCUUCUAGUCUGGGUCCAGGCAGAAAGUGUCUAUGUUUUGACUCUGUCCCCUGCUCCAGUCUGGGUCCAGGUGGACAGUAUGUUUUGACUCUGUCCCCUGCUCCAGUCUGGGUCCAGGUGGACAGUAUGUUUUGACUCUGUUCCCUGCUCCAGUCUGGGUCCAGGUGGACAGUAUGUUUUGACUCUGUUCCCUGCUCCAGUCUGGGUCCAGGUGGACAGUAUGUUUUGACUCUGUUCCCUGCUCCAGUCUGGGUCCAGGUGGACAGUAUGUUUUGACUCUUUCCCCUGCUCCAGUCUGGGUCCAGGUGGACAGUAUGUUUUGACUCUGUUCCCUGCUCCAGUCUGGGUCCAGGUGGACAGUGCAACUGACAGCCAUCUUGGGGCUGGCCCUAGGAGUGUCGCCUCGACUGACACAGCUCAUCACCUCUGUUCCCUUGGCCAUCUACGGUUAGUUUCAUUAUCCGUCCUCUGUCUGUCUUCGUCCUGCGUGUCUGUCUGCAAGUCUGCCUGUUCUUUUUCUGUUGAGUGACUCUUUCUCAAUUUGUCUUUUGUCGAUUCCUCACAUCCUCUCUCCUCACCUUGGAAGAUAAGGUCUGACGUUCCUCUCCUCUUAUCCCUAUUGAGGAAGAACGCGAGGAGAGAGGACAUGACGAUAGAUUAACUGAUAAAAGAUGAUCCAUUUCUCCUUCUCUCUCUCCAUUCCUGUUCAGGUGCUAUUCUCAGUGUAACCUACACUAUUGCCGUGGCUACAGGUGUGAGGUACUUCCAGUUCACACACAUCGACUCUGGACGUAACAUCUUCAACAUCGGCUUGGCAGUCUUCAUGUCUCUAGUGCUGCCUCACUGGUUCCGCAUGCAGACCAGCUUCAUUGACACUGGUAAUUUCUCUAAAAUAUCAGCCUGAUCCCAGAUCUGUUUGUGCCGUAUAGUCAACUCCAAGAAGACUUUAGACCAGGCUACUCUGACAUCAGCCUGGAUGCCAGAUUGGAUGCCAGGAUGCCAGUCUGGAUGCCAGACUGUUUCUGCUCUCUUGCCAACUCCUUGUGGAACUGUCAUGCCAAAGAUGACUUGCUCGGCUUGACAGUGACGUCAACCGAAUGGAAAGCACAAGCAGAUUCAGGACCAGACUACUCUGGCUUUACACAGCCAGUCAAAAGAGAGCAAUGUGGCUAAAUGCGUGUCUUGCCCAUAUCCUAAUCGUGUGUAUAUACCUGUGCAGGUAUGGUUAGUGUUGAUGUCCUUCUCCAGUCUCUUCUGACCUCGCCUGUACUCCUGGUGGGCAUCCUGGCUUUCCUAUUGGACAAUACAGUAUCAGGUAAAGCACAUUGUACUAUCUAUUUCCACAUUAUAAAAGUUGUUGAUGAAAUAAGCAUAGUAAUAUAAUAACUAGAACAUAUAUUCCCAUUCCAGUCAAUGUGGACCGUUCUAGUCAUUAUUUAUAUGGCUAUAAGUAAUUAUUUAAAGUGCACUAAAAUAUCAGAUGCAUGAUUCAUCAACUCAUAUAGCACCUUAUCAUGAUUCAUCAACUCAUAUAGCACCUGAUCAUGAUUCAUUAACUCAUAUAGCACCUGAUCAUGAUUCAUCAACUCAUAUAGCACCUGAUCAUGAUUCAUUAACUCAUAUAGCACCUGAUCAUAAUUCAUCAACUCAUAUAGCACCUGAUCAUGAUUAAUUAACUCAUAUAGCACCUGAUCAUGAUUCAUUAACUCAUAUAGCACCUGAUCAUGAUUCAUUAACUCAUAUAGCACCUGAUCAUGAUUCAUCAACUCAUAUAGCACCUGAUCAUGAUUCAUCAACUCAUAUAGCACCUGAUCAUGAUUCAUUAACUCAUAUAGCACCUGAUCAUAAUUCAUCAACUCAUAUAGCACCUGAUCAUGAUUCAUUAACUCAUAUAGCACCUGAUCAUGAUUCAUUAACUCAUAUAGCACCUGAUCAUGAUUCAUUAACUCAUAUAGCACCUGAUCAUGAUUCAUCAACUCAUAUAGCACCUGAUCAUGAUUCAUCAACUCAUAUAGCACCUGAUCAUGAUUCAUUAACUCAUAUAGCACCUGAUCAUGAUUCAUUAACUCAUAUAGCACCUGAUCAUGAUUCAUCAACUCAUAUAGCACCUGAUCAUGAUUCAUUAACUCAUAUAGCACCUGAUCAUGAUUCAUCAACUCAUAUAGCACCUGAUCACAAAUUAUGGCGCCGGAGGGGAUGGCUGCCGUUUUAUGGACUCUUAACCAACCAUGCUAUUUUUUCACAUUGUUUGUAACUUAUUUUGUACAUAAUGUUGCUGCUAUCGUCUCUUAUGACCGAAAAGAGCUUCUGGACAUCAGAACAGCUAUUACUCACCUUGAACUGGACGAAUAAUUGUUAUUUAAUGAGUUGGACGAGAUGGAUUUGCUCCAGACCCCCGACAGGGCCCUCAUCCCCGUCAUUCGCAGUAGAAAGAAAAGGAGAUAUCGUGGAAGGAGAUCGGGGUGCUUGGUAAGGAGCUGGCGACGAGUGGCUAAUCUGCCUUUGCCAUCGACAAUCUAUUGCCAAUUUACAAUCGCUUGAUAAUAAAGUGGACGAACUACAGGCAUGGUUAUAAGGUUAUCCUACCAACGGGACAUUCAAAACUGUAAUAUCUUAUGUGUCACCGAGUCGUGGCUGAACGAAGACAUGAAUAACAUACAGCUGGCGGGUUAUACACUGUAUCGGCAGAAUAGAACAGCAGCCUCUGGUAAGACAAGGGGUGGCGGUCUAUGUAUAUUUGUAAACAACAGCUGGUGCACGAUAUCUAAGGAAGUCUCGAGGUUUUGCUCGCCUGAAGUAGAGUAUCUCAUGAUAAGCUGUAGACUGAACUAUUUACCAAGAGAGUUUUCAUCUAUAUUUUUCGUAGCUGUCUAUUUACCACCACAAACCGAUGCUGGCACUAAGACCACACUCAAUGAACUGUAUAUGGCCUUAAGGAAACAGGAAAACGCUCAUCCAGAGGCGGCGCUCCUAGUGGCCGGGGACUUUAAUGCAGGGAAACUUAAAUACGUUUUACCUAAUUUCUAUCAGCAUGUUAAAUGUGCAACCAGAGGGGAAAAAAAAACUCUAGACCACCUUUACUCCACACACAGAGACGCAUACAAAGCUCUCCCUCGCCCUCCAUUUGGAAAAUCUGACCAUAAAUCUAUCCUCCUGAUUCCUGCUUACAAGCAAAAACUAAAGCAGGAAGCACCAGUGACUCAGUCAAUAAAAAAGUGGUCAGAUGACGCAGAUGCUAAGCUACAGGACUGUUUUGCUAGCACAGACUGGAACAUGUUCCGGGAUUCUUCCGAUGGCAUUGAGGAGUACACCACAUCAGUCACUGGCUUCAUCAAUAAGUGCAUUGAUGACGUCGUCCCCACAGUGACUGUACGAGGCAAGUAACACUGAAACAUGCAUGAGGGCACCAGCUGUUCCGGAUGACUAUGUGAUCACACUCUCCGUAGCCAAUAUGAGUAAGACCUUUAAACAGGUCAACAUUCACAAGGCCGUAGGGCCAGAUGGAUUACCAGGACGUGUACUCAGAUCAUGCGCUGACCAACUGGCAAGUGUCUUCACUGACAUUUUCAACCUCUCCCUGUCUGAGUCUGUAAUACCAACAUGUUUCAAGCAGACCACCAUAGUCCCUGUGCCCAAGAACACGAAGGUAACCUGCCUAAAUGACUACCGACCCGUAGCACUCACGUCUGUAGCCAUGAAGUGCUUUGAAAGGCUGGUCAUGGCUCACAUCAACACCAUUAUCCCAGAAACCCUAGACCCACUCCAAUUUGCAUAUAGCCCCAACAGAUCCACAGAUGAUGCAAUCUCUAUUGCGCUCCACACUGCCCUUUCACACCUGGACAAAAGGAACACCUAUGUGAGAAUGCUAUUAAUUGACUACAGCUCAGCGUUCAACACCAUAGUGCCCUCAAAGCUCAUCACUAAGCUAAGGACCCUGGGACUAAACACCUCCCUCUGCAACUGGAUCCUGGACUUCCUGACGGGCCGCCCCCAGGUGGUAAGGGUAGGUAACAACACAUCUGCCACGCUGAUCCUCAACACGGGGGCCCCUCAGGGGUGUGUGCUUAGUCCCCUCCUGUACUCCCUGUUCACUCAUAACUGCUCACCGACAACGACGAGACAGCCUAUACGGAGGAGGUCAGAGACCUGGCCGUGUGGUGCCAGGACAACAACCUCUCCCUCAACGUGAUCAAGACAAAGGAGAUGAUUGUGGACUACAGGAAAAAGAAGAGGACCGAGCACGCCCCAAUUCUCAUCGACGGGGCUGUAGUGGAGCAGGUUGAGAGCUUCAAGUUCCUUGGUGUCCACUUCACCAACAAACUAUCAUGGUCCAAACACACCAAGACAGUCGUGAAGAGGGCACGACAUAACCUAUUCCCCCUAAGGAGACUGAAAAGAUUUGGCAUGGGUCCUCAGAUCCUCAAAAGGUUAUACAGCUGCACCAUCGAGAGCAUCCUAACUGGUUGCAUCACUGCCUGGUAUGGCAACUGCUCGGCCUCCGACCGCAAGGCACUACAGAGGGUAGUGCGUAAGGCUCAGUACAUCACUGGGGCCAAGCUCCCUGCCAUCCAGGACCUCUAUACCAGGCGGUGUCAGAGGAAGGCCCUAAAAAUUGUCAAAGACUCCAGCCACCCUAGUCAUAGACUGUUCUCUCUGCUACCGCACGGCAAGCGGUACCGGAACGCCAAGUCUAGUUCCAAGAGGCUUCUAAACAGCUUCUACCCCCAAGCCAUAAGACUCCUGAACAUCUAAUCAAAUGGCUACCCAGAUUAUUUGCAUUGCCCCCCCCACCCCUCUUUUACGCUGCUGCUACUCUCUGUUUAUUAUCUAUGCAUAGUCACUUUAACUCUACCUACAUGUACAUAUUACCCCAAUUACCUCGACUAACCGGUGCCCCCGCACAUUGACUCUGUACCGGUACCUCCUGUAUAUAGCCUCGCUAUUGUUAUUUUACUGCUGCUCUUUAAUUAUUUGUUACUUUUAUUUUGUAUUAUUUUAAAUUGUAUUGUCAUUAUAUAUAUAUAUUGUAUUCUUUCUUAAAACUGCAUUGUUGGUUAAAGGCUUGCAAGUAAGCAUUUCACUGUAAGGUCUACACCUGUUGUAUUCGGCGCAUGUGACAAUACAAUUUGAUUUGAUUUGAUUUUGAUCAUGAUUCAUUAACUCAUAUAGCACCUGAUCAUGAUUCAUUAACUCAUAUAGCACCUUAUCAUGAUUCAUUAACUCAUAUAGCACCUGAUCAUGAUUCAUUAACUCAUAUAGCACCUUAUCAUGAUUCAUUAACUCAUAUAGCACCUUAUCGUGAUUCAUUAACUCAUAUAGCACCUUAUCAUGAUUCAUUAACUCAUAUAGCACCUGAUCAUGAUUCAUUAAUGAUAUUUUCGGGAACAAACACUAGGCCUCAGUGUAAUAACAUCUAUGUCUAUGUUCUUCUCUCAGGGUCUCCAUCAGAGAGGGGACUUGACUCAGCUGAGAUGCAGAAGAGAGGAUGCGCAUCAGUCAACAGCGACCCAGGGCAUCACCAGGAAGUAUCACCAGGAAGUAUCACCAGGAAGUAUCACCAGGAAGUGGCGUUAGUUUAUGAGUCCCCUUACCUCCUGAGAAGACUGUGGCGCUUACCUGGAUUCAGGGCGGCCCCCUUCUCUGCCUGUAGGAUCGCAGAUGAUGGAGACAUACUUUAG